AUGACACCUAAUCACCCAUACUGGUAUGCCCACAUAUUGGGUAUUUACCAUAUGGAAACUUGGAUCAACAACAGAGCCCAACCCAUUCAGCAGCACCUCGAGUUUCUCUGGGUCAGGUGGCUGGCACUGUUACAGAACUACAAAUCCAGCAUGAAACAUGCUCGUCUUCCAAAGGUUGCAUUUGUGGAUGAAACAGACCCUGACACAUUUGGGUUUCUUGAUCCAGGGCAAGUGGUUCGAGGGGCUCACCUGAUUCCUGUGUUCGCCUCAGAGCAUGGUACAAGCUGGCUUCGGUAUGGGAGAUCAUUAGUGCACCAUGGGGGGGAGCUAGAUGACUGGGAAGAGUAUUACGUCAGCAUGUGA